AUGCUCCUCCCAGAGCAGCCAGAGAAUGUGGCGGAAUCUGGAUACAGACUGCUCCGAUACUGCGUUGGCCUGCCCAAGCUGAAUACGCUCGAGCGCAGCGUCCUGUUCGAUGCCGCCUGCCUGCGCAAGACCGACCGCAGCUUCGACAAGCGCCUCGACAUCAUUGCUGCUCUCACCAAGGGCGGUCGCCACGUCGAAGCCUGCGAGUCGGCCGUGGCCCAUUUCGUUCUGGCUUCCUUCGAUGUCGUCCCCAGGCAGAGUGUGGAUGCAUAUCGAGCGUCACGCAAAGCCAGCGGGAGCAAGAAGAGCGCGGAACCCGCCCAAGAGCUGGAGAACCUGGCACAAUUGUACCAGUACACCAUCGACCUCUGCAAGUUCAACUCCAAAGUCUUCAGCGACGAUGACUUGGAGCAUCUGUUGACCAAGGUCAUAUCCAUAUGCCAAGAGACCAGCCGGCUACCGGACAUUGAGAAUGCCAUUCGACUGUUCGACACCAUAAUCACAUACGUACACAUACCGAACCGCUGCCUGCGCCCAUUGCUCGAACUUCUUUGCGCCAUCCACCGGCAGUUGGACGAUCUCCAGAAGCAGACCUGGACUACUCUGAGCAACCUGUUCAAAUCGCACGUUGGCCAAAUCGCGGUAAACGCUCUUCUGCGCACCCUUAAUGAAGGUCCCGUCCGCAAGAACCGUGACUCUAGUGCAUACAGAGGAACGAUUCAGGUCCUGCAGCAACUCCUCCUCGAAAACGGACGCAAUGGCCUCCCUAUUGUGCCCAUGUCAUUGUUGUUCCCUGCGCUGAAGGCAUCGAUGCAUAAUCCCCACAAGACCCAGGAAGAGUUUGUAAUGGAUCUCAUCGACGCAGUCCUGUCAGAUGCCUCGCUGAAAGAUCUGCUGCUUUCUGAGGUGGACUGGACUGAGCUCUUGGACAUUAUUCUCACGUGUGCUGAGCGAGGCCAUGAGCGUUUACGGGCUCAGUCAGAGAAGCCAACGGAUACCGGGACCCCUAGGAGUGGUUCGAUUUCUCGCAACGCUUUGUCGAACGGAGCUGGUUCAGUCGUGUCCAACGGCGACGAGGCUGGCGAGGUGAUAUCGAAUCUCGACCUGGCUGUUCCUGAACCUCGGAUAGAGACCUUGUCCCGUCAUUCUGAAGACAGAGUCUUCAAGAUCUUGACCAAGCUGGACGGCAUAAGCAGCGAGCUUGAUUUUGUGCAAAAGGAUGCCGUCAUGGAGCUAUGUAUGCGUCUGGCCCAUUGCCUCAGUGAUACCACGACCGAGAACGUGAUCAAGUACUACGUUGACGAACGGUAUCUGCAUCCUUCAAAUGGGAAGUGGCUCGAAGCCUCUCGCAGCAUGGUAUCCGGCAUCAUCAAAGACAGCAGCAGACCCCGUUCACUCCGUAUCAUGGCCAUCAAAUCACUGCGGGAAACAUACAACACCGUGGAAGUCCUGUGUCCGAGCGACCUUGUUCUUCAAUGCGGGACGCUCCUAUUGAAUAACAUAGAAGACGAGGAGGAUGUCGCCGUUCUGAAAGAACUGGUCGAUUUUGCCGUCGAGGUCGCCGAUCGAGCGUCUUGGGACAGCUUUUCAGACAUAGCCGCGCUUCUAAAGAGACGGAUGCAGCGUACUGCGGCGCUGCACCAUUCUUCGGAGAGUAUUGCACACGCACUGUCUGCUUCUUUUCAGCUCGAGAGCGAUAGAGCGUUGGGCUCUUCUUGCAAUGUCAUCGCUACGGGCUUCGUGCGCUUGUUUAUCCGAAGCGUCCCACGUUCUGCUCGUAAGACGCGGCUUCUGUACGAAAUCCUGCGCCAUGUCGCGGGUACUGACGGUUACGAGAGCGAUGCUCGCCUCACAGUCUUGCGGCUACUCUGCCGUUUACGGGCAGAUUCCACCCAUGCCCUCUUCGUCAAUCAAUCUUCAGAAGGCAGAAGUCUGGCUGCGGUGCUCUGCCGGACAGAAGAGACAGCCGCCACUUCUGCAACAGACAAUCCUCCCAGCCAGUCGCGACAUGAUGAGCAGUCACCAUUCCGAGAGCAGCGAAGGGUCUCAGGAAGUCCACUCCCGCCCACCAACAAGCCCCUUACCCGCUUUUCCAAUUCCGCCGGACGUGUAUCGAAGCCAGUACCACCCCUUUGGAUGUAUCCAGGGCCGAAAGGCUUGCCCGAAGAGCCUUCCUCCGACGUUAGCCGAGUCGUCUUCUCUCACAUCAAUCCCGAAUUUUAUCCACUCAGCGACGACAUUCUGGAUAUGGAAAUUACUUUGUGGCUUGAACUAGCCAUCUCCUUGCUGCAAAAGUCGCCCGAUUGGGAGGUCUACAGCUACGUUCUUGUGCACCUGGGACCGCAACUGUCGAACCAGUCCCUGGUACGAAGCUGCAUACCUCAACUCAAGAUGCUUCGCAAUGUUCUCUGCGAGCAGAUACGCAAUUCUUCUUUCCAGGAGCCUCCCCCACACACUCUUCUUAAGAAGGCAGACGUAGCUGUGUGCCUGUUCCAUCUCCUCACGGUGCUCAUCAGCUAUCACGAUUACUUUGAGAAGAGUGAAGAAGAUGACCUAGUCAAGGCGUUCAUCCACGGGAUCACCAACUGGGAUAGAACGUCGAAGUGGUGCAUACACGCGCUGUCAGUCUGCUGCCUCGAGUUGCCGCUUUCCGUCAGCAAAUCCUUGGAUAUCGUUGUACAAAAAAUGUCGCAGAUUGUCACAAAGCCUGCGACAGCCAUACACAUCCUGGACCUCCUCACUUCUCUGGCGCGCAUGCCUGAGCUGUACAAGAAUUUUCGUGAAGACGAGUUCAAGAUGGUUUUCGGUGUCAGUUUUCGGUACUUGCAGCAUAUUCGCGAUCAACGCGAGCGAGCUGCUACCUCAGCCGCUCUCCACAACAACCAUCGGUCCCUGCGCCACAGCGGACCUUCACGGGAAAUCACCUCAUCCCCCGACGCAGCCGCCAAGCAAACAAAGCCUGUCGAGGACGACCUGCCGCAGUAUCUGUACUCCCUGGCCUACCACGUCAUCGCGUUCUGGUUCAUGAGUCUGAAGAUGGAGGAUCGCCCAAAGCUGAUGCCUUGGAUAGCACGAAGCUUGCGUUUCACAGAUGGCAUGGGUAGACAAGCGGAAUUAGAGGAGCAAGGUCAAGUUAUUGUGGACAUGAUGAAUCUGGUCUGCUACUCGGACCGCGACGAAACCGUUCCAGACGACAACUUUGCCAAGCCAGGCGACGGGGAGCUAUGGAAGAAGUCUUGGAUCGUUGGGCACAGCUUGGUGACCAUAGAGACGGCCGCGAGAACGGGCGUCUCUCAGAUUAUCAACAGAAGACCCUGUGCCACCCGCUGCCUCUCAGUGCGACCUUUGCUCGCUCCACCCCCGCGCCAUCAAGUCGCCCUGACAUUCGGUCUCGCCGCGGAAGCUUUCGAGAGCUCCUCUUAUAUCGGCAUCCUCCCUGAGGACAUCUUCCAGACUUUCUAUGCGUCUCUGAAUUCAACUUACGACCCGCCUAUCGUUCUCCCAGACGACGACAUGACUCGUCGCGCGAUUGCCACCUUUGAUAGGAUUUCAGCCGUCGACAGCUACAAGGUCGGUGUCAUUUACAUCGGCGAUGGCCAGACAGACGAACGCGAGAUUCUGAUGAACGACAUUGGCCCGCCCGCUUACACGUCCUUCCUGAGCGACCUCGGUACCUUGUGCCGCCUCAAAGGCGCAAAGUUCAACACGGGCGGCCUCGACACCCGGAACGACCAAGAUGGUGAAUUCACUUAUUGUUGGCGUGAUCGGUGCAUCGAGCUCGUCUUCCACAUUACGACCAUGAUGCCUACGAACCGCGACGACGGGAUGACCUACCCCAACAAGAAACGCCACAUUGGCAAUGACUUUGUCAACAUCAUCUACAACGACUCUGGUCUCCCCUACAACUUUGAUACCUUUCCUUCGGCAUUCAACUAUGUGCACAUUGUCAUCUCUCCCGAAUCUCGCGCAUCCUUUGUGGACCGCCGCCUCGACUCCGACCCCGAGGGCAAAGACCGAUACUAUAAGGUACAGGUAAUGACCAAGCCUGGUUUUCCAAAUAUCUCGCCUGCAGCAGAGACCAAGAUCUUGGCAGGGAAGCACCUUGCCGCUUACUGCCGCCUCAUUGCCAUCAACGCUUGCGUUUUUUCCGCGGUCUGGUUCAUCAAAGACGGCGGCGAGUCUGUCUCGUCGUGGCGCAACCGACUCCGCGAGAUCCAGCGUUUGCGCGAGCGCUACGGAGCCUCUGAUACGCACGUCUUUACAUCUCCCUCGUCGCCCAACAACCAACAGCUCCAACAAGGUCUCUCAAGCCCACCAUCACGAGAAAACAACCUCGCCAGUCAGUUCAAGCGCACCAGUGUCGUCACCUACAUUAGCGAGGGCACUAACCGAAGCAGCAUGACCAGCAGUUCGCAUGAUGUCGCGCUAUAA